GAACAGUGGAUGAAUUGAAAGCUUGAGACCCGAAACGAUGUCGUCUGUAUACGUAUCAGAGCCGCCGACGAAGGGGAAAGUGAUAGUGACGACGACGUACGGUCCUUUGGAUAUCGAGCUUUGGCCCAAAGAGGCUCCCAAAGCCGUUAGAAACUUCGUCCAGCUCUGCCUCGAAGGCUACUAUGAUAACACCAUCUUUCACCGCAUUAUCAAAGGAUUUCUCGUUCAAGGCGGCGACCCCACAGGCUCCGGCACCGGUGGGGAGAGUAUCUAUGGGAGUGCAUUUGCUGAUGAGUUCCAUUCACGGCUAAGGUUCAACCAUCGGGGCUUAGUUGCAUGUGCAAAUGCUGGCUCACCAAAUUCGAAUGGGAGUCAGUUCUUUAUAUCCUUGGAUCGUUGUGAUUGGCUUGAUCGGAAGAAUACCAUUUUUGGAAAGGUAACUGGGGAUUCAUUGUAUAAUCUUCCAAGAUUAGGUGAUGUUGAAAUUGAUAAAAAUGAUCGACCGGUUGAUCCACCCCCAAAGAUUAUCUCUGUUGAGGUAUUAUGGAAUCCGUUUGAUGAUCUUGUUCCAAGAAAGACACUUGCAAAGUCUUUGCCCCAUUCCACUAAUGAUAUUGACAACAAAGAUCUGAAAAAGAAAGCUGUAAAAAAGCUGAAUUUGCUUUCAUUUGGAGAAGAAGCUGAAGAAGAGGAGAAAGAAUUGGAAGCUGUUAAGCAAAAGAUAAAGAGUAGUCAUGAUGUACUAAAUGAUCCUCGUCUCCUCAAGGGGGAAAUUCCAAGUAAAGAAUUGAACCCUUCGGAAGUCAAAAUAAACAAGGAUUUGCAGUUAUCUGUGAGGGAAGCUCUGAGCGCGAAGAAAGAAGAAUCAUGGAAAGAAUCAGAAUCUGAAUUUUCUAACUUCCUUGACCAUAGUGAUGAUGAUGAGGCAAACUUUGAUGCACGAAUGCGUCAACAGAUCCUAAGAAAAAGGAAGGAGCUUGAUGAUCUACCAACAAAGCAAAAGUUGAACAAAGGGAAUAGUAACUUGAAGGACCACGAAACCUCUACUCCAAGGUCCAGUGCUGAAACCUUUGAUGACCGGCCAAAAGUAGAAAAGCUGGCAUUGAGGAAAAAGGGAAUAGGCUCGGAAGCCAGAGCUGAACGCAUGGCUAAAGCAGAUGCAGACCUACAGCUUUUGGGUGAAGCUGAACAGCAAAGACAGUUGCAGAAACAGAAGAAGCGCAGACUACAAGGACGUGAAGAUGAAGUGCUAGCAAAACUGCAGAGGUUUCAAAAGAAGAUUUCUGCAAAACCUGUUGCCUCAGAAACCGAGUCUAGGGUUGAAGGUGAUGAAGAUGAUGAUAUAUAUAGCUUGAGAGGAACUCAGCUAAAGUUUACACCAGAGCCUGGCAAGGACCGCAUGUCACGUAGUGAUGACCCAAAUGACUAUGCGGUGCAUGACCCUCUUUUGGAGAAAGGGAAGGAGAAGUUCAACAAGAUGCAAGCCAAGCAAAAACGACGGGAACGUGAAUGGGCUGGCAAAUCUCUUACAUAAACUCAUCCCUCAAUCAUUUGUGCUUGUGAUAACAACACGAAGCAGAAUUGCUGAUGUUGAGUCACACCCUUCUGUUUGUCUUCGCUAUGUGAUU